AGCGUUCAACCACCUAGCCUAGCUAGACGGGCGGGCGAGCCGGGCCGUGAAGUGGGGAGCCAGGGAGAAUUAGGGCGGAGAGCAGCCGAGGCGGCAUUCCUCCUGGUAUCCUAGAGAGCCCCCCAGAAGGUAGACUUCCGCUGUCCUAGAGAGGCCAAGGGGGAGGUGAACACCGCGGGCAGCACGGCCAUUCGGGGAGCAACGCGAAGGUUCCGGCGUUGGGCGGAAUGUUGGUUAUUUAAACCUCUUACCAGUAACUUGUAAUGACCUAGCAAAUGACAUUAUGCACUGUAGUGCUGAGAAGAUACUCCCAAGGAUACAGCAGUGAUUCACUGAAAGCAGCAGACUUGUUUUGUCUUUAUCUGGGUGACCCUGGACAGGAGUGAUGCCUCCAGGCAGGUGCUCUGCCGCCCACUCAGCUCAGGCUUCACGGGAACAAGAGCACCUUCGUAAGGUGAAGCAGGAAGAGGAGGAGGAUGACUGUGCUUCUGUGCAGACUGCCAGGCCACAGACGCUUAACCGCCCUGGACAGGAGCUGUUCCGUCAGCUCUUCAGGCAGCUUCGCUACCAUGAGUCUUCUGGGCCCCUAGAAACCCUGAGCCGGCUCCAGGAGCUCUGCCGCUGGUGGAUGAGGCCUGAUGUUCUUUCCAAAGCACAGAUGCUGGAGCUGCUGGUGCUGGAGCAGUUCCUGAGCAUCCUGCCUGGAGAGCUGCGGACAUGGGUGCAGCUCCAUUGCCCUGAGAGUGGCGCGGAGGUUGUGGCCCUGCUGGAAGAGCUGCAGAGGGAGCACCAUGGAGCGCCAGUGAGGGACCCGUGCCUUGCUCAGAACCCAGGCGUGCAUUGGAUAGGCACUGGAGCUCUGCGGUCUGCACAGAUAUGGUCCCCUACAUCACGUCUCAGGAACAUUUCUGCUCUGGAGGACCGUUUGGAGCCUCCACGUGGAAUAGGAGUUUGUAAAUUCCUGGCUGGGCAAGAUGAUCCUCCUGCUGUCUCGGGGCCCGCCCAUUCCCAGACAGAAGAAGACAUCGGAUGCCAGGAAGCUUUGACUUUCCAGGAUGUGGGGGUGACCUUCUCUCAGGAAGAGUGGGGAUGCUUGGACUCCGCUCAACGCAAUCUUUAUCGGGAUGUUAUGCUGGAGAAUUACGGGAAUGUGGUUUCUGUUGUGGAGUCAUCUCCCAAACCUGCUCUCAUAUCCUGGCUGGAAGCAAGGAAGCCAUGGGUCAUGGAUGUCUGCAAAGUUCAGCCAAAGAGGGAUCCAGGUACUGCCCCUGAAGGAGGUAAGUCCCAAAUUAAGUCAAGCAAAUUCAUCUUGAAACAGAAGCCUUCAGAAUACACAGAAACCUUUACUGUGCCUUCAGUAUGUCCUGAGACAAGUGUUUCUGAUGGAACAGGGCUCAAAGAAUAUUUUGAAGAGAACAAGCUACAGAAGUCCUGUAGGAGCCCCAUACAAGUAAAAGAGAUGAAGGAAGAAACUGAUAGCAGUAACAAGACAGGAGGAGAAUCCGAAGUAUUGGGAAGCAGUAAUAUUCUUGAUGUAAAACAUGUUAAGUGUGUGAGUGUUUCUAAGAAAAAACUUUCCUUUAAAUGUGGCCGUGAUAGACACUUCAGAAAACAGUCACACCAUUAUAACAAGAAAUAUGGGCUCAGAAACACAGAUAAGGGAUUUGGUGUAUAUCAGAGUAUUCACAUUGGACCAAAAGAGAGUGAAAAGGACACAUGUGGGAAGGACUUCCUCCUCAGCUCUCAUCAGAGUGUUCAUACCAUGAGGGCGAAGGCAUACAGGUGCCAUCACUGUGGGAAGGCCUUUGGUAAGCGCUCCCAUCUUGAAGAUCAUCAGAGAUGCCAUUGUGAAGAGAGACUAUUUAAAUGCAGGGUGUGUGAGAAAGCCUUCAAGUGGCGUUCAAACUGUUUGCGGCAUGAGAAAAUUCACACUGGAGUGAAGCCUCAUAAGUGCAGUGUUUGUGAGAAAGCUUUCCAGCGCCUGUCAACCCUCCGUGUGCAUCAGGAAACCCACACUAAAUCUGAGGAGUGCAGAGAAGUGCUUAUCUCCAGCCUGGAUGUCAGUCACUGUUUGACGGACAGCGGCGAGGAGAGACACUUGGGCUGCAGCCAGUGUGGGAAAUCCUUUUGCUGUAAGUCUUAUGUUCUUGAACACCAAAGGAUUCACACACAGGAAAAACCUUACAAGUGUACCAGAUGUAGGAAAUCCUUUAGGUGGAAAUCAAACUUUUCUCGUCAUAAGAGAUUGCACCAGAAGAAAGAGAAAAGUCGAGAAGACCUGAAGCAGGUUAUCUCUGCCAUGGAGAAACCUUUCCCGUGUCAUCAGUGUGGGAAAACUUUUACUCAAAAGAAAUCACUCAUUGAGCACCAGAGGACUCACACAGGGGAGAAGCCAUACCAAUGUAAUGAGUGUGGGAAAAACAUUUACCUAUAGGUCAGGUAUAUUAUUCAUAUGAGGCUUCAUACUAUUAAAAAAGAGCCUGAAAGUGGCCGGCCUGUCAGUCAGGGUGCGGUUUUGUUCACAUUCCCUCAGAGCGGAUCACACACAGAAGAGCCUCACAAGUGUAAAUACUGUAGCAAAACAUUCCGAAUUCGCUCAUUCCUUCUCAUUCACCAGAGAGUUCACACGAGGGAGACCUAUAAAUGCAGGGAGUGGAAAGCCUUCCGCUGGAGUUCCAAUCUCUCCCGACAUGAGAGACAGCACUCCUUUUACCAGCAGUAUGAGUAUCAUGAAAGUCAAGAGACUUCAAAUUUAGAAUCAAAAAUCCUCACUGGUCAGAAGCGCUUUGGUUUGCAAGAAUGUGGAAAAACCUUUACACGUAAAAGAAGCCUUAUGGAUCACAAGGGAAUACACAGUGGAGAGAAACGUUUUAAGUGCAACCUGUGUGAAAACAUCGUUUGAUAGAAAACUAUCGUCUUGCUUAAUCAUCAGCGGAUCCAUGCUACAGAGAGACCUUUUCAGUCUCAGAGGCGUGGUAAAGAUUUUGUUGGGAUACGUGUCCGUUCUGUUGACCAGAGAAGACACAGCAGAGCACUACAGUCUGAUAAUCCUGGCUUAUCUUCCUGUUGGGAUGCAAGGUUAAAUAUUCAGGAUUUAAGACUGAGUGGAAAGAAGCCCCACAAAGAGUACGAGAGCCCUUUAGACAAGAGCUACAGGUCUCUUGCACUCCAGAGUGUACCCACAGGUGGCCACAAGUGUAGUGUUUGUGGAAAAACCUUUAGCAAACAUUCACACCUCAUUAGCCACAGGAGAUUUCACACCAGAGAGAGGCCCUUCAAAUGUGAAGUGUGUGGGAAGACCUUCAGGUGGUCUUCCAAUCUGGCUCGGCAUGUGAAAAACCAUGUUAGAGAUUAGCCUGGAGUCUCAGACAGUGGCGGUGGGGAAUAGUUCCUGGUUACAUUGCUAGAGAGCUUGUUAGGCACUGGGGAAACCUCUACAAGGACUUAGUCAUUUCUGUUUGGGGAGUUCUUGGUGUGAGGUCUUUAAAAACUUUUAAAAGGAUUUAAGAGGUCGGGGACUCCUCAGUCUACUUGCUGGAAAGUGAUGCCCUGUGCAGCCCAGGUCUCUUUGUAUAACUCUUGCUGUCUGUGAUUGGAAAAGUGUGUGUCUGCUGGGAAGGGGCCAUCUAGACUCCCAGGCCCUCUUUAGAUUUGACUUGUGUCCGUGCCCGUUUCUGUUGUCUCCUCAGACGUCUCCUGGGGAGCUCACAGCUGGCUGGUGGUUAUUAGCUAGAUGGUCCUAACACAGUCUCAGCGGCGUGGAAAGGACGGGUGCUGGGUUCCAUUGUUUGAUCUCAACAAGCAGCAUCGAUCCAUCAUCUGUGCUGAGAUAUAAGUGGCCAGAACAGACAAAACCCUGCUGUUUGUUGGAUUCUUCCUUAAAUGAGUUAGAUCAUAGUCUGGAUGGUGGUGUGUGCUGAGGUCAAAGUAAACCAGAGAAGAGUGGCAGGAUUGGUUAGGAUGUGGGUGGUGAUUUUGAAUGGGCUGUCUGGGGAGUACCUGCUGGAAGAACCAGGGCCAGGUGCAUAGAGAAACCUUACCUCAGAAAACCAAAACAAAACCCUAACUGACUAAAAAGCUGAAAGGAAUUGGGUUGUAGGCUGAGCCAUGUUAACCUAUGGGGAAAGAACCCAGGGUAGAGGAUGUGGAGCUUGUGUGGCAACUGAUUUUAGGGGUGGUUAGUAUGGAGACCCCUGGGUGAAGUGUGGUGAGCCAUCUGGAGAGUCGACAGACACUGAGUCCUGGGUCCGUCCCUGGUCUUCCUGGACCCUCGGGUCCUUCAGUCCUUCCUGUUCCCAUCUCUUGAGGUCUAUGCCGUAGCUGCUAAUGUCACCUGGGUUCCCAGUUACACUUGUCCUUGCUUCCUGACCAGGCACAUGGGAAAGCUGAGCUCAGGCACUUAACAUUGAUUUUUGCAAAACAAACAGGCACCGUUGCUUCUCCAAGCUGGAAAAACGACUCUGUACUUGUGUUGCUUUUGCCUGGGUUCAGUUCCCAGCACCCACUAAGCAGGUCACAGCCAGCUACAGUCCCAGGGGAUUCCAUGCCCUGUCCUGACUUCUGCAUGUGGCUCACAGAUGCAAGCAAACUACUUAUAAGUAAGAAAUCCAUUCAGAAGAUAGUAUGAGCACUAAAAGUCUUUAUUUUAAAAUUGCCUCUCUGAAGAUAUCCAGCUCUGCCGAGUCGUGUGGAGCUUUAUCUUAAGUGAGCCUUGAUCAGACAAGUUGGACUUAAGGCAAGAAUUGGAGGGAAGUCAUACUCAGAAGUACACAGAUGUUGGGUAGGAGCCCAGCUAUGGGUGAUUUUAGUAGUAGAUUGCUGGAUGGCAACUAUAUCUAAUCUUACACUUGAACUUGGCUUGGGAAGCACAGGCUUCUGUCGGCUUGACCUUUCCGCUGACGGAGGAACUGAAGUAGGUGGGGAGAGACAGACAGAUGGAGACCAUCACAGAGGAGAGACUGUUGGGUGACUUCUUGUUCACCUGGUCAGUGCGGUCAGUUCUAUCCUAACCGAAGACUGGCAGACCAGUGUGCAAAGAAGAAGCCAUAUGGGUUGUCUUAGCAGUCUCUUACAAAAGUUAGCUUUUGAAAGCUCGGGUGUGAAAUGGGUAGAACAACUGGGAUUCAGACUCCUUUGUAAGUGGAAAUUAAGACAGAUUGCUAGGCAACUUGAAAGUCUUAGAAAAUCAAGAGUUUAUCAUUGGGUCCCUUCUGGAUUAGUGUGAAGAGUGAUGGGCGAGAGUCCGCUCCCUCAGCAGAGUGUAGGUAGUGGGACUGGCAGAGCAGACAGUGGAGGAGCUGGUUGUCUGGUAUUUCAGGAAGAACAUGAAAUGCGUGGAGGUGCACCCCUGGAAUCCUGGUGUGGGGUGCUGAUGCAGGAGGACCAAAGUUCAAACCCCACGCGAGGAUAAAGAACAAAAUACCCUGUCUCAAAACAACAGCAAAAACAAUGACUGCAGAAGCUACACUGAGCUGCAGAAGCUGUAUAUAAUAUACUGUUUAUAUGAAGUUUAAGCAUAUUGGAAGUGGGCACAUCACUUUGGUUUGGGUUUCAUUGUUUAUUUAAGUGGGGUGGAGUACUAAUCUUAUAGGGUGGUGCUGGUGGGGCAGUAUUGAAAAUGCAUGUGUAACAUUGAGACUGGUGUCUGUCAUGUAAACAUUCCUGAUAUAAAGUUAAUUUGCACAAUUUUCUGUGGAUUCAGAAGACAUGAGAGUGUAAAGUUAUGAGAUGAUGUGUGCUCCAGAGCUCCCUUGUCUUGGGUGUGCGUGCUGGUGCAACCAGAACGAGCACAGGGGCUUGAGCACAUCCUAAAGUUACCAUUUAACAGGAUACGUUGGUGGGUUUUUUCAACUGUUAAAAUAACUAAAAUAAAAAAAAUUAAGCAUG